UGUGUGUGGGAGAAGACACCAGAGCGAGCACUUUAAUAGUUUGGUUUAAUGCGGCGGCAUAUGACACGCCAGGGGCACGGGAGCUGACCGAACUUGUUUGUAAGAAGUUGGAUGUUCUCGAAUUUGCACAUACGGAUCGACGAAACUAAUACAAGAACUGAGGCGGACUUUCUCCGCCAUAUGCCCCCGUGAUACUAGCGAGCUGGCGUAUUUGUAAAGUACAAACCUGAGCGCGACCCCUGGGUUUUUUUCUGACGUUCCUUUAGUUUUAAUCUCUGAAUUAACUCCAGUUUUAGCUUUUAUCAGACGUACGACGGUGCGCGUACUUGCACAAAAUAAUAGGAUGCGCGUAAUCUCUGGAUGCAAGGAGAAAUGUGAACGGUAGCGUCAUCUGAAUUGGUACCGGAGGAAAUUAGCCCUGUCCCGUUGAAUGCUGUCGGAGGCUUCGGCUGUAAGCUUCACCUGCGGGAUGUAGUUUGCCUCAGGAAUAAGAGACCGUGAUGUGGAUUGGAUAGACCGGAGAACUCCUCGUUGCCUUCACAACGUCAGUGAGGAUAUUCCUCUCUAAAUGAUCUUGCGCUGAGGCGGAGGCCUCUAAAAAAGUUUAUUUUGAUUGUGGUACGUGAUAACGGCAGUCAUAUUUACCGCACAAGAUAGUCCACCGUCAUCGCUUGCGGAUGAAAAUGAUCCGAAUCGCAGGAAUAAACUGUUAACCCCGCGCGUUAGUAAGCAUUAGAUGAGCGUAAUGAGCUUUUGCGUAUCUGAAUAAUUGCCAGUUUACAGUGUGGGAGUUAGAGGUUGGAUGCGUGGGCAGCACUUUUGUGGGGGCACAGCACACUGCAAUUUGUGUCGUAGCAUGGUUAUGCUUUUCUUUUUGUAAUAUUCUAUCUUAUACUUCAGCCUUCAUCCCUGACAUAGCCUGCUUCCCGAAGUGUUUCUGAAGCAGUAUCAUCUCGUUCUCUGGAAUUUCGGAAUGCGUUGGUAUCUGUUUUUCCAUGCGCGCCCCUGACCGGCGCUGUCCUCGCGGUGUUGACUGCAGCACGCGGAGGAGUCUCCGUUUAACGGCAGAAUUGCGCAGUUUAAUUUUUUGGUAAAGGGAAAACGGAGAAGCGCGGAUCAGCUGUCCGCUCCAAUUAUGUCCACCAGAGAGAGUGCGUGCCGGAAGUUCCAGGCGAACAUCUUCAACAAGAGCAAAUGCCAGAACUGCUUCAAGCCGCGAGAAGUCCAUCUCCUCAGCGAUGAAGACUUAAACCAGGCCAAACCUGUGUAUGGAGGAUGGCUGCUGUUGGCACCUGAAGGGACAAACUUUGACAAUCCCAUGCACAGAUCGCGAAAAUGGCAGCGCCGGUUCUUUAUCCUGUAUGAACAUGGACUCCUGCGCUACGCUCUGGAUGAGAUGCCCAGCACGCUGGCUCAGGGCACCAUCAACAUGAACCAGUGCAGUGAUGUGAUCGAUGGAGAGAGCCGCACUGGCCAGAAGUACUCGCUGUGCAUCCUCACCCCCGACAAGGAGAGCUACAUCCGCGCCGAGAGCAAAGACAUCAUCAAUGGAUGGCAAGAGGCCCUCAUCGUGUAUCCUCGCACCAACAAACAGAACCAGAAGAAGAAACGGAAAGUAGAGCCACCAACUCCCCAGCAGGCUCCAGACCUCCUGAAUCGCAGGUUCUUCAUGGGGAACACAAACGGGUACCCAGAGCCCGGUCCAGCGAAGGUGGCGGUGACCAGCAGCAGUAGCGUGGGGGGCCUGGGUAGUGUCCCCUGCCUGCCCAGCAGCAUAGCGCAGGCGGAGCGCGUGCCGCCCAGCAGAGCCUCUCUCUGGCAGGAGGAGCGAUGGAGCCGCCAGACCCCGCCGGCCAUCCCCACCAGCCGCAGUGCCAGCUGUCUAUCUGAGGAUACGGCGUCGCUGGGCUCAGGUGGCCGUAAGGUACGAGUAGAGAGCGGCUACUUCUCGCUGGAGAAGCCCAAACCCGAGCUGUCCCCUGAGCCGGCCAGCGCUCCUCCGCUGCAGUCCCUGCUCCUCACCUCCAGGCGUUCGCAGGUGAUCGAGCGCUUUGAGGCGCAGGAGGAGCACAUGGAGACGGCCAGCUCCUCCACUGACCCCGUCCACGCGCCCGCCUGCCCCGCGCCCACCAAUCAGAGACAGGGACGCAGCGACAGGCGCCAUCUAUCUCAGAAGCAGGACAUGUCGUUAGAUGCUGCUAGAGAACGCCCCAUGCCUGACGUGUCCAGCUCCUCCAUCGCCAACCUCCGGCGGGCUAAGAGUCUCGACCGCAGAGUCACCGAGUCCUCCAUGACGCCGGAUCUGUUGAACUUUAAAAAAGGAUGGAUGACCAAGCUGUACGAGGAUGGAUUGUGGAAGAAACACUGGUUUGUUCUGACCGACCAGAGUCUGAGGUACUACCGGGACUCCAUCGCAGAAGAGGCGGCAGAUCUGGAUGGGGAGAUUGACCUGUCCUCUUGUCAUGACGUCACCGAGUACCCCGUGCAGAGGAACUACGGCUUUCAGAUCCAUUGUAAAGAGGAGGGUGUGGUGACGCUCUCCGCUAUGACUUCUGGGAUACGGCGGAACUGGAUCCAGGCCAUCAUGAAGAACGUGCGUCCCACUGUUGGCCCUGACGUCACCCGUAGUUCUCUGCCGGAGGAAAGAGUGAAGGUUCGGGCGGCCCCUGACCUGACCUGCCAGCCAACCCCGUCCCCCGCCGUGAGCGCACAGAUGGCCGAGGUCAGAGGUCAGCAGCCCUGCGAUCUCACCAGCGGCCCGGCGGCGCCCGAGCAGCGCAGGAGCCGCGUGCGCGACCGGCGGCGGGAGGGCCGCUCCAAGACGUUCGACUGGGCGGAGUUCCAGCCGACGCAGGAGCGGGACGCGGCCGUGAAGUCGUCGGCGGAGCCCGCGAACGUCAGCUCCUCCUCAUCGUCUUCGUCUUCCUCCUCCUCGUCCUCCUCCUCGACCUCGACGCCGGCCUCCUCGCCCACAUCCUCUCCCCAGACCACCUCCUCUUCGCUCUCGGCUCCGCCCAACAGCAAGUCGGCCCUGGAGGCGCAGGAGGAUAGGCUCGGUCAGCAGCAGGGAAGACCCAGGGUCCCCCAGACCCCCGCGUCAUCAUCAUCAGCAGCAGCGCCGGCGCCGCUGAGGGCCCAGGAGGCCGAGCGCGAGGUCAGCCAGAUGGAGGUGGACCACGCCCGCUCCCAGAGAGACACGCCGCCCAAAGCCCACAGCCACGUCCAGGUGGAGAUCGAGCAGCGCUGGCACCAGGUGGAGACGACGCCCCUCCGGGAGGAGAAGCAGGUGCCCAUCGCCAGUCCGUCCGGCCCCGACACCACACCGCCCCCUAGUGGAGACCGGCAGCCCCCACAGGAGCGGGUCACCCAGCUCGAUAAAGAGCUGGGCUACACUCAGAAGGAGCUGGCCAGGCUUCAGGAGCAGAACAGCUUGCUGAGGGAGCAGCUCCAGGAUGCGCGGGGCAAAGAGCAGAGUGCACGAGAGGGCUACGUGCUACAGAAUCCCUCGCCCACCCAGACAUCCGGCUCCACCCCUUCUUCCUCUGGGCCUCACCGGAUGCCAUGGCAACGUCUGCACAAAGCCAAUAAGGACCUUCAGAGCGAGCUGGAGUCCCAGCGACGGAAACAUGACAAGGCCAAUCAGCAGGUGCAGUGCUUGAGGCGGAGCUACAGCGAGGCCCAGGACGCGCUUGGGCAUCACGAGGUGGAGGUGGAGGCCCUGCAGGUCAAGCUGUCGGCCGCCAUGGCGGAGAUCGUGGAGAGCGAGCAGGCGGUGGCACGCAUGCGCAGCGAGCUGAAGCUGGAGCAGACGCGCUGCCUGGAGCGAGAGGAGGAGUGCGGCCGCAGCGAGGAGGCGCUGAGAGCGCAGCUCCGCGAGAGCGAGGAGCGGCUGCGGGAGGUGGAGGCGCACCUGCUGGAGAGGAGCCAGGCGCUCCGCAGGCUGGAGCAGCAGCAGGCGCUGCAGAAGGACCACCAGAGGGAGGUACUGCGGCUCCAGGAGCGCCUCACCGAGGUCACCGGCCGCCUCAUCGCCACCGAGGAGGCGCAGGCCCUGAGGGAGCAGAGGGAGAGGAAGGAGAGGCGCUCCCUGGAGGAGAACCAAGAGCGGGAGCGCCAGGCGCUGACCCGCCGGCUGGCCGAGAGCGAGGAGAGGAGGAGCGAGGCCGAGGAGCGGCUGCAGGAGGCCCAGCAGCAGGUGGAGGCCCUGCUGAGAGGAGGACGGGGCUACGUGGGGGGCUCCGUGGAGGAGGUGCAGUGCCUGCAUGAGCAGCUCUCUGUGCAGACCGACGUGGCCGAAUCUCUGCGGGAGAGCGUCCGGGUGCUGGAGGAGGAGCGGAAUCGGUUAACCUGCCGCUGCCAGGAGCUCCUGAACCAGAUCGCCGAGGCUGACCGAGAGGUGAGCAAACUCCAAGACCGCCUGAAGAGCGAGGAGACGGACUACUGCUCCCUGGAGAGCUCCUACGAGAAGGUGUCCCAGGAGUUCCAGCGCAUCAGCUGUGUCUUGAGGGAGAAGGAGGAGGAGGUGCGGCAGACCAAGGAGACCUACCAACAUCUGGUGGAGCGGAAGGAGAGGGAGCUCAGAGAGGCGCUCGUCAAGAUGGCCGCCCUGGGGAGCAGCCUGGAGGAGACAGAGCUGCGUCUGCAGGAGAAGGAGGAGCAGCUCUGCCAGAGAGGGCGCUGUGCCGGCGGGGAGGUGGAGCCGUGUCAAGCAGAGAAGGAGUUGCAGGCUAAGCUGGUAGUGGCGGAGGAUCGCAUCGCCGAGCUGGAGAGACAUCUGGAUGCCCUCCGGCUCGGGUAUGCUGACCUCAGGAGGGAACAGCGUCGGCACUCCCAGGAAGACCUUCUGGACAUGAUGGACAGAGAGGGGCGCGACGAGCCGAUGUCGGCAUCUUCCUCCUCUCUGACCCUGACCAGGUGCAGCUCAGAGACGGACGCCUCGCUGGUCAAGCGGCAGAGGAUCCGCUUCUCUAGUAUCCAGUGUCAGAGGUACAUUCACCCAGAUGGGGGCUCAGAGCAGGCACUACAGACCAACACCUACUCUGACUUCACCCACUCGGACACCUCGGACACAAUCGCCCAGUCAGAGAUGGACCAGUCGGACCUCAGCUUUGUCUCUACAGAUGGGUCAUUUCAAUAUGGCAGCGAUCCAGAGAAGUUCAUCUCCAUCAUCCAAGCUCUGGAGAUGAAGCUGCUCUCCACCGAGGAGAAGCUCCGGGAGCUCACCCAGAAGUUGCAGGACCAGCAGGAUUCCCCAGAGCGGAAGGAGCAGCCUGAGGGAGCCACACUCAGCCCCUGGGCCUCUCCAGAUCAACUCCCGGCCAGUUCCCAACACGAAGAGCCUGAUGGAAAGUCAGUCUCCAGCCCAGACUCCGACUGUUGGGGCACUUCAGGAGUCCCCAACAAGGGAUAUGAGCAGGCCCUGGUGUGUGUAGAGUCAUGUAGGGAGAGAGUCAGGGUCAUUCUUGGGCUUCAACAGAAGCAGGAAUCUGUAGAAUUGCAACUCCGGAACCUAUCAGAGAUUGAGGGCGAGCUAGUCAAGGCCACCAACUUUAUGAAAAAGGUAGCCAUGACUGGGGAAGAGCCCCAUGCCACUUCAGCGGUCAGGAGCAUGCAUGACCUAUCUGAUGAGGCCAUAGUCAGGUGCUUUUCCCAGUCAUUAGCUUUAGAGGCAGCAGUUUUGGAGAAGAUGGCUUUCUCUCUGCAAAACUUGAAUUCUGACCUCUUCCAUAGCCUUAGCGAGAUAAGUGUUGAAAUGGACAAGAUCAAACAAAGCGAUCAGAGUUUUACAAUGACAACAUAUGCCAACAUGUUGACCCAGAAGCUGAUGUCCGAGUUGGCAUUUUGGGCAGAGGUGGAGAAAUUAGAGUCUCAGGCUUCAGGAAUUUCCCAGAAUCCCUGUCUAGAUAUGGGGUCCCUGGAGAGCUGCUAUUUGAAGCAGCCUUUCAUAAACAGUGCCUGUGUCAAGUUUGAGCUGGCCUACUCACUACAGAGUCUCAGAAGCUCCAGCCAGAACCGGCUGGAGGGGCUUCAGGAAGUGGCUGUCCGAGCUGGUCAGGAGCUCCGGCAGAGAGCCAAGGCUGUGCAGGAGCUGGUCAGGUCCUCGGGUCUGCAGUCAGCCAUCCAGACCCAAGAGCUGGGCAUCUGUGAGGAUUCUACUCUAGCAGACAUCACUCCACCUGAGCUAGUCCCUUACUUUGAGCAAAUCGAGAUGGAAGAGGCCCAGGAAGUGGCAGAAGAGAUUGUUGACCGACACCUGGCCAUAGAGAUGACCUUGUCUGGCGAGGAUUCAGUCGAGUCGUCACAGGAGAGCAGGGAGAGGCUUGCAGCUGAGCUGCAGAAGCAGGCUGGCAUCAUCCGUCAUCUCUGCCAAGACGUGGAGGCACUCUGUGGCAUAGACGUCGGCGGCAGGCUCCACGACCUGGCUAACACCAUCCGUGCCCGCUGGGGUUGUGGGUAUAGUGAGGUGCCUGUGGGAGUGGUGUGUAUGCGUGAGGCACUGCUCCAAGCUCAGGUGGCCUACACAGCCUGCAAGCUGCGCGGUGACCACCAGAGGGAGCUGGAGCUCUGCCGCCAGGCCGGGCGCAGUAUGGAAGUGCUUGUACGGGAGCACGCCCUCAACAUGGCCACCAUCAACCAGCAGUACCACACCUCUCUGCAGGAGGAGCGGCGGACGUACGCCCAGACCGUGGCCUCCCUGCAGGAGGAGAACCAGGCCCUGCGGGGGGAGGUGUCUCAGCGGCUCCAGGAGCUGCAGGCCCAGCAGGAGCAGCUGGCGCAGCUGGAGCAGGAGUUCCAGCGGGAGACGGAGGCGCUCCGGAGGCAGCAGCAGGAGGAGCUGCUGCAGGAGGAGCAGGGCAGGGCCCAGAGGGAGAUGGCCCUGCUGGAGCGCACGGAGGAGAGCCAGAGGAGGCUUGAGUGCCUCCUGCAGGAGGUGGAGGGCCUGGAGGAGAGGCACGAGGAGCACAUGCGCAAAGCACACGACGAGUUCCAGGGCAGGAUCCAGCAGCUAGAGCAGCACCACCAGCAGGAGAUCUUGCGGCUCCAGGCGCAUUACCGACGGGCCAGCCUGGGGGAGGAGCACCAGCACAGGGAGGAGGCUGCGUCUGAGGAGGCGUGUCCCAUGGAGGAAGGGGAGGAGCCGGAGGAGAAAGUGGGCCGGGACUCCAUGACUCUGCUGAGGGGGCGUGUCCUUGAGCUGGAGUCCAAGAUGGACAGCAUGAGGGACGAACUGGAGAGCAAACAGCUGGAGGGCGACAUGGCCGGCUUGAAGGACAAAUACCAGCGUGACUUUGACAGCCUGAAGGCCACGUGUGAGCGUGGCUUUGCUGCGAUGGAGGAGACGCACCAGAAGGUGAUCGACGACCUGCAGCGACAGCACCAGCGGGAGGUCAGCAAGCUGCUGGAGGAGAGGGAGAGGCUGCUAGCAGAGGAGACGGCUGCCACCAUCUCAGCUAUUGAGGCGAUGAAGAACGCACACCGGGAGGAGCUGGAGAAGACCCACCGCUCUCAGCUGAGUGGCGUCAGCACAGAUAUCGAUGAGCUGCGCAUGCAGUAUGAAGAGGAGCUACAGUCCAUCCACCGUGAGCUGGAGGUGCUGUCUGAGCAGUAUUCUCAGAAGUGUUUGGAGAACGCCCAUCUGGCCCAGGCUCUACAGGCUGAGAGGCAGGCCCUGCAGCAGUGCCAGAGGGAGAACCAGGAGCUCCACACACACAAUCAGGAACUGAAUAACCGUCUAGCAGAAGAGAUCACACGGAUGAGGUCUUGCUUCAGUGGGGACACUGCCACCUCUCCUCUCACACAGGGCAAGGACCUGUAUGAACUAGAGGUGUUGCUGCGCAUUAAGGAGUCAGAGAUUCAGUACCUCAAACAGGAGAUCAGCUCUCUGAAGGACGAACUGCAGACCGCUUUACGGGAUAAGAAGUAUGCAUCCGAUAAGUACAAGGGCAUCUAUACUGAGCUUAGCAUAGUGAAGGCUAAGGCGGACUGUGACAUCGGCAAGCUUCGGGAGAAGCUGUUGGCUGCUACAGAAGCCCUUGGAGAAAGGACUGCUGAUGGCUCAGCUGUUGCUCCAGGUUACGACAUAAUGAAGUCGAAGAGUAAUCCUGAUUUCCUGAAAAAUGAGCGCUUCCGUCAGAGAGGGGUCAGAUCCAAGUCGGUCAGUGAGGUGGCAGCGUGGGAUAGCUGACCCCCUGUUGUGAUAGCUUAAAAGAAGGACUGACCGUGCAGGAGAGAAUGAAGCUGUUUGAAGCGAAAGAUUCCAGAAAGAUCUGACUGAGGACUGUAUGCUCUAUGGCUUUGUCUCACAACUUACACAAACAAACACACACACACACACACACAUGUGCACUCACUCUGGCCCAUACUGUAACUGAAGUGUGAACUUGGCCUCUGGAAUCUGGGACUGUCGUCUUUUUUGUGUCCAUGAGCAUCUGAUCGUCAACAAUUUGUCCUGGCAUUGGAGGUGUGUGUGUGUGUGUGUGUCUGGUCUAAAAUGAAUCUUACUUGUAUGUAUCAUUAACAGAUUGAUUUUAAAUAAUUAGCUUGUUUUGUGUGUGUGUGUGUGUGUGUGUGUGUGUGUGGCCAUGAGCGUAGGUGUGUUGGCAGGAAAUGGAAAUACGGGGCAUUUGGCGAAGGAAUCUUAACCAGUCAUAUCCCUUUGGCCGCUCCUCGCCAAUUGUGUACAUGUGUGUGUGCGUGUUGUUUUAUUUAUCCUAUACAGAAAUUAAUAAAGAUUUAAAAUGUUUAUUUAUACAUAGA